UGUGUGUGUGUGUGUGUGUGUGUGUGUGUGUGUGUGUGUGUGUGUGUGUGUGUGUGUGUGAGAGUGUUUGUAAAAUGCCGCUGCCAGCUGAACACGUGUGAUCGAACAUGGAGGCCGUUAGCGCAGUCAACGACACACAGGACCAGCUCCGCCUCCUGCCCCCGCCUGGCGACGACCUCAGCUACCAUGACUACGACCCGAAUGGCGGCGCUGUCCCCCCAGCGCUGCCGACGCUGGUGUUCGAGGGAGUGAAUUUUCCAGAGGACCCCAUCAGACUGCUGAGUGUACAGGUGGUGUUGAUCCUGGCCUACAGCACCAUCAUUGUGCUGGGGGUUCUGGGUAAUUCGCUGGUUAUCUACGUCAUCUACCGCUUCAAGACGCUCCGCACCGUCACCAACUUCUUCAUCGCUAACCUGGCUGUGGCCGACCUCCUGGUCAACACGCUGUGCCUCCCCUUCACCCUCGUCUACACGCUGCAGGGAGAGUGGAAGUUCGGCAGCACCCUCUGUUUCCUGCUGCCCUACGCCCAGGGGCUCGCCGUGCACGUCUCCACGGUGACGCUCAACGUCAUCGCACUGGACCGCCACAGGUGCAUCGUGUACCACCUGGAGACCAGGAUGCGUAAGGACGUGUGUUUUGGGGUGAUCGCGUUGACCUGGGUGCUGAGCGCCGUGCUGGCCAGCCCCCUGGCCAUCUUCAGAGAGUACGGUUCCUUCACUCUGGAGCCUGGACACUCCAUACAGGUCUGUACGGAGAAGUGGCCCGGUAAAAGCACGGACGGCACCGUCUACAGCAUCUCCAUGUUGAUCCUGCAGUACUUCCUGCCGCUGUCCAUCAUCUCCUUCGCCUACGCCCGCAUCUGGUCCAAACUGCGCGGCCACGUCAGCCCGGCGGAGAGCAGCGGCAACAGCAGCGCCGGCUCCGAGCGCCACCGCCGGCGCCGCAAGACCACCAAGAUGCUGGUGACCAUGGUGGUGGUGUUCGCCGUCAGCUGGCUGCCCUUCCACGCCUUCCAGCUGGCCACCGACAUCGACAGCACGGUGCUGGACAUGCGCGACUUCCGCCUGCUCUACACCGUCUUCCACGUGGUCGCCAUGUGCUCCACCUUCGCCAACCCGCUGCUGUACGGCUGGAUGAACCGCAACUACCGCGCCGCCUUCCUCGCCGUCUUCAAGUGUCGCAGGGGCGGGGAGAGGGGGAGGGGCGGCCGGCUGGACAGCAUUCACCCCGUCGGGGGAGGAGGCGGAGGGAGGGCGAAGAAGAUAGUUCUUGAAACCCAGGAUGUGGUGUCCACGCGCCUGAACGCCACCGACGUGUGAGAGCCUGAGGGAGGGGGGGGGAGGAAGAGGGCGACGGAGGAGAGGAAGGGGGAGGUGACAAAACAAUGAUGGAGAGACGACAGAUGCAGAGGCAGGAACGAAAAGAAAAUCAUUGUCAGGGAAUCGUUUGUUCCCCUGAAGACAAGAGGCGCAGGAAGAGAAACGAGAUUCAACAUGGAGAGAGAGAAACAGAGGGGAGAUAAAAGAUGUGAGAAAAAAUAGAAACGACAGAGUGAGAGGAAGCCGACGGGGGAUUAAAGAGUUUUGGAAGCCCAAAAAUAGAGGAGAAGGCGUAGAUGAGCAGGGAUUAGAAGAAGAAGAAGAAUGACAGGAGAAGAGAAGCAGAAGAGCUGCUUAACGACUGAAUGAUGGCGAGUUCUCCGCGACCAAUCAAAGCGAGGUCGCUUUGAGGAUGUGACCUCAUCGAGACAGACGACUCACGCACUUACAGGACGAAAAAAAGGGAAAUGGUUUGUUUUUGAACGUCUCACUUCGAUUGUUUUAGGAAAACGAUUCGUUUCCUCGACGAUGACGAUAAAGACUGAUUCUAAACAACCUUGGACUUUGAUGCAAAUCUUGUCAACAUAGGGCUUUACUCCAUCUUCAUUCAACUUGUGAAGCAUUUAGCUCGUACAUUUAACCCAGAGUGGCUUACAAAGGCGGUGGGGGGGGUACAGAGGUUUGAACAUGCGACUGUCCUGCGAGGAUUUAAGGAGCAGCAUGGAUCAGAGCUGAUUGUCCACGAUUUUAAAAGCGAACAAAACUAGAGGCCAGGAAAUGAAAAAAGAUCACAUAUUCGGAUGGAGCCGAGGAAGACGAGGACGCAUGAUGCAAGCGUUGUGAAUCUCAGACACUGUUACAUAAUGAAAAUGUGUGUUUAAUGUGGAUUAUCCUCCAAAGAAAGCCGGAUGUAGGAGUGUAAAUUAAAAACGACUGAGGUGGACAAACGGGAGAUGUGAGACAUGAUGAAUGAAAGGGAGAUGAAGGGAAGAGAGAGAGAGAAAGACAAAGUGAUCAAAAUACAACUGAUUGAGAUCAAAGGGAGCUGCUUUGUUUUUCUUUUUUUUGUUUUAGUAGAUGAAGGACGGAGAGCGAAGGAAGAAGACCAGGCAGGGUGGAAAAGGCAACGAGAGGCUCAGUGGGAGGCGGGAAAAGAGAGAAAUGUGGGAUAAUGAGGCAAAAGAAAAAGAUCUUCAAUCUAGUGUGAAAGAACAGAGGAACGAUAUGCUACAGACGAAUGUUUGAAAAAAAACAAAGGCUUGUGAUUUAUUUCAUCACUUUUUUUUGUAUUAUUCUGGCAGGUGUAAUUUUCCCAGCUGUCAGUCAGGCUCACAGCAGAACCAAAUGAAAUCUUGCAGAUGAGAUUUCACACUCCUUCACUGACUUCAGAUCAGCUCGUCUGAGCCGGGGCGACGACACCGGACGUCAUUUUAAACUUCUGGUUCUAAUCUGGUGUUUCGUCACGGAGGGAUGACUGUUCGCAUUUCGUGCCACAUUUUAAGAUUCAUUACACAAGUUAAUCAGCAAAAAAAAAGACACAAAAGAGAUUAUAGGAAGAGAUCAUUAACAUAUAAUUGCUCAUAUUGAAAUAAAGCUCAUUUAAGAGAUUAAUUUUUCAAGGUAUUUCAAUGUUUUUCAAUUAUAUUCAUUUCAAAUUUGCACUUCAAAUAGUCAGUAUUAUUAUUUAUGAGCAAAGGGCUUGAACUAAGCCUUUCAGGCAGCUCUUAAUUUCUCAUCAGAUAGAAGGAAAGGCUGAAGCAGAUUCAAUAAAUGAUCAAUUUAUUCACCAUGAUCAGCACUUAAAAGACGCUACACUGAUUUAUAUUUGCUCUCCCAUAACAUGGAGAGCAAAUACAUCAUUAUGAUGUCACAGUUGACCUUUGACCUUUUGGAUAUGAACUGUCAUCACUUCAUCACUGAAACACAUUUCAGUUAAAUUGUAUCAUAAUUGGUGUAUGAAUUUGUGAGUUAUGGCCAAAAAAGUUUGUUGUGAGGUCAUAGUGAUCUUUGAGCUUUUGACCUUCCACCACUAAAUUCUAAUCAGUUCAUCCUUGAGUCCAAAUGAAUGUUUUUGCCAAAAUUCCCUCAAGUUCGUCAUUGAGAUAUGACGUUCACGAGAAUGGCAUGAAAAUCUUCUACCCCGUGAGAAUCUGAUGCCUACGUUACCCACAAUGCAACUUCUGCACCAACAGUUGGAUAGGAUAUUGAGGUGCUAAUAGCAGCUAAUGUAGCCUUGAGUCUCUCAGAGCUGAGGAGGUUGCAGAGGUAAGAGGUAAGCUAAUUUAUUUGUAUAUUUUCAAACUUGUACUCUUCAGCCGACGCUGACUCAAGUGACAUCACUUGAGGUUAAUUAUCAGACUCCAUGCAGCUUUACUCGACAGCUUCUGUGUUGCAUCAGUGGAUUUCCUCUUGAGAUGGUUGAAUCAAAGCUGUGAAUUCCUUCGUGUCUGUGUACGACACCAGAAAACCUCCGAUAUUUUUAAAAGGCUGACUGGAGGUGACGGGUUCAGGUGUGUCAGUGAAGGAGGUGAGAUCCGUGAGCAGCCGAGAGCAGGAACACACGAAAAACCUGGCUGAGAACCAGAUGGACUGCAUUUCUACUGGCGCUUGUAUCCAACACACUUUUUCAAUUUGCUUUCGCAGGCGAUGUCAGUGAGCUAAAUGCACUGCACUGUCAGCAUGCCCACCCCC